UUUAUAUUGAUUAAGUGCACUCGUACUCUUCCUUUCUCUUUGAUUCCUGAUUCCUGCUCGUACUCGUCCGCCGUUCCACUGAUUCGUUUCCACACCCGCCGUUCCACUGAUUCGUUUCCACACCCAGCUUAAAGUUGGUGUUAAUGUUAUUAUGGAUAAUAAAAGAGAAAAUAAGAGAAGAAAGUAUGCAUUUUAUUGGAAUAUAAGAUCAAGUGCAAUAGGUGCAAUUGCUACAUAUUACUAUAAAUAUAUCUAUAAAGAACCAUGUAUGACUUCACUUCAAAGGGGGCAAGAUUGGAUGAAUGAGAUAUUGAAUGGCCACCCUGUUCGAUGUAUGAAUGCCUUUAGAAUGGACCCAACUUUAUUUAAACAGUUGUGUGAAGAUUUGCAAUCAAAAUAUGGACUACAACCAAGUAAGAGAAUGACAGUUGAAGAGAAGGUGGGCAUAUUUGUGUAUACACUUGCUAUGGGUGCUUCUAAUAGGGAUGUUAGAGAGCGCUUUCAACAUUCUGGAGAGACUAUUAGCAGAGCAUUUCAUGAAGUUUUAGAAGCAAUUAGUGGUAGAAGUAGGGGCUACAGGGGUCUAGCACGUGAUAUCAUAAGACCAAAGGAUCCAACUUUUCAAUUUAUACCGCUGCAUAUUUCUAAUGAUGAGCGGUACAUGCCUUAUUUCAAGGAUUGUAUUGGAUGUAUUGAUGGUACUCAUAUAGCUGCAUGUAUUCCUGAGGCGGAUCAAAUGCGUUAUAGAGGUAGAAAAGGAAUCCCCACCUUCAAUGUCAUGGCAUGUUGUGAUUUUGAUAUGUGUUUCACAUUUAUAUCAGUUGGAUGGGAGGGAUCAGCGCAUGACACACGUGUUUUUCUUCAUGCAAUUAACACACCAGCGUUAAACUUUCCAAAGCCACCAGAUGGUAGAUAUUAUUUGGUUGAUAAAGGAUAUCCUGAUAAAGAAGGAUAUAUGGUGCCUUAUCCUAGGAUAAGGUAUCAUCAGUCUCAGUUCGAACAUGAACCCCCAACUAAUGCUCAAGAAGCCUUUAACCGAGCACAUUCAUCUCUUAGAAGUUGCAUAGAAAGAUCAUUUGGAGUGCUGAAGAAAAGAUGGAAGAUACUAAACAAAAUGCCGCAAUUUAGCGUUAAGACCCAAAUUGAUGUUAUUAUAGCUGCAUUUGCGUUGCAUAACUAUAUUCGCAUCAACUCACAAGAUGAUGCAAUGUUUACUAUUCUUGAGCGACAUCCAAAUUACAUACCUAAUGAUGAACUUCCGGAUAUUGUUGAUGGUUAUCAAGGUAGUGAAAGACAAGAGGGAAGAUCAGGGAGAUCAACCAAGACGAAGGAAAUGCGUAACAAUGUUGCUGCUUUAUUAUGGAAUAUUAGGCGAUAGACUUAUUUUGAUUAUUACUUUGUAUUAACAUAAUUGUUGUUAAGCUUGUUAAAAUAACAUGAUUGUUGUUAAGAUUAUCUUAAUUUUGGAUUAAUAUAAUUGUUGUUAAGUUUGUGUUUGGGAAUCGAGUGGAGCAUAUCAAGUUCUCACA